CGAAGGGGCGGAGCUACCUAUCUGCGCUAACCCCGCCUUCCGUGGCUGCCUGCGGUCUUUCCACAGACCGGUCCCUUCAGACUUGGGCCUUCCCUGGCGCCGCUAUGGCGCUGAGCGGAGGCUGUUGGGCCUGGGCCAUGGCGCGGGCGAGAGGGGCGAGCGGGCUGCUGAGGGGAGAGGCCUGGCCGUGGAGAGGGAGGGCGGCGAGGCACAGCUCCGGGCGGGGCCCAGGGCGCCCCGUCGUCUCGGAGCUGGACAAGGCGGACGCUUGGCUCCUCAGGAAGGCUCACGAGACCGGGUUCCUUUCCUGGUUUAGGAAUGGCUUGCUGGCUACUGGAGUUGGAGUGAUUUCUUACGUUCAGAGUGACAUGGGGCGCGAAGCAGCUUAUGGUUUCUUCAUUCUUGGCGGAAUCUGCGUGUCGUAUGGCAGCGCCUCCUACCUCAUCAGCCUCUUUCUCCUCCGUCGCACCAUGAUGCUGUCCUUCUCCACAGCUCUGCUGAGCUGUGCUGCAGUCACAACUGUGGCCCUGUUCUGGCUGUGCGCCAUCUCUCUCUACAUUGGCCGCUUGGAGGUAGAGAUCAUCCAAGAUGAGACCAACGACAAAUACCAGGAUAAGAAAAAGGAUGGGAAGUCAGAUAAGUGAAGGCCAAGUUAGCUUUUGCAGACACAUGACUGUAUUCCAUGGACUGAGGCUUAAGGCCACCCACGUGGCAUGUCUGGGCCCUUCCGCCAGUUGGGCCAAAGGGCAAGAAGGAUGGGUGGCUUUCUUGCAAAAGAGAGACAAAGGGAUAUGUUGGCUGCUUUGUAUUUAUUUCAGGUUUUCCAGAUGGACUCUGGGAAGCGACAGUAGCAAAAAUCAGAUCACUGGGAAAGACAAAUAAGGGAUGCUCUGCUGAGCUAGCAAGCCAGCCUCCAAACUGGGAGUAGGCAUUCUGGCUGAGCCGGGAUCUCUGGUGCUUUUAACAAGUGAGCCUUCUGCUCUGCUCUGCUCUGCUGUUCCCACCCCCUGCUUCAACCAGUUAAUUGAUAUUCUAGUUGAUAUUUAUCAACUAAAAUCUUUUAAGAAAUUGUCAGUUCUGUCAGCAGCCCCUCUAAAGGUUUGCCUCUGCUUUUCCAGAGUUGCUUAUGCUUCAAAAUCAUCAUCAGAAGUGUAUCUCUUCUGCCACGGGGCCUUGCAUUUUUUUGUUCCACCUGUCUAGAUCAGUUGACAUUUGUAUUAAAAGACACCAAAACCAAA